CACAUACAAACACACGCAAACACAUUCCGAGACAAAAAAAAAAUAAUUGUUUGCAAUUGCUCUCCUUUGAUUUCUUGAAAGACGCCAAGAAUAACAAUGAAUACAUUCAAGAUAUCCUAUUUCGUUGUGGUGAUCCUAAUGGUCUUAGCCAUUGGUAUAACACUUAGCGAACCGCUAAGGGUUGAGGCGAACCACCGAGACAGAUAUGGUAGGUUGAUUGCCUCUACACGAGGGGAAAAAGGUGGGAACCGUACAAGCGCAAUGACAUGUGACAAAAGCCCCAAAGUGUGUCGUCUCAAAGGAAGUUCAGGCCGUGCUUGUUGUCGUAAGAGGUGUGUGGACAUGAGGACCAACAAAUUGAACUGCGGAAGAUGUGGGAAAAGCUGUCAGUACUCUGAGAUUUGUUGCAACGGAUAUUGUGUAAACCCAAUGUUUGAUAGGAGACAUUGUGGGGGUUGCUUUAAGAAGUGCAACAAAGGGAGAUCUUGUGCCUACGGGAUGUGCAGCUAUGCUUAAAGAAACAAUGGGAGUAUUACUGAGAAAAAAGGGUUUAAUUUGUUGGUUUAAAUUGGGUUACAUUCAUAUUACAAUCUGAAAAAAAAAUAUCUAGCUCAAAUAAAGGUGGUCAAAUUAUUAUUUAAAUCCGUAAGGGUAUUGUAAAAGUUUGUCAUCAUAUUUGUUAGUUUUUAUGUUCACGUGUCAUGUAAUAAAAUAACCCAAUGUACUAAUCUUCAAUAUAUAACGUUUACAUGAG